UCACAUUUGGAAUAUCAGCUAAAACUGGAGUCACCACCUGACUAAAUUAAUGAUAAUUUCCUGCCAUUCUUUAUGACCCAUCUACAUUGGCAAGAUGGAUGUUUUGAGGAAGAGAUACCAAGGAUUUUUUGAAGAGAGCAGACGGUCUCUUCUCAAUAUGACUUCAGAGAUCACUUAUGCUGAAGUGAAGUUCAAAAAUGAAUCUACGUCCUUAGGCACCAAGUCAGAGCCUUCUGCAGCUCCCAAAGAGAAGACCAGCCUUCACAAAACUAACCCUGGUUUUCCCAAGGCACUCUUACCCUCAUUGCUGAUACUUCUGCUAUUAUUGGCAAUCUCAUUUUUUAUCGCUUUUAUCAUUUUUUUUCAAAAAUAUUCACAGCUUCUUAAAGAAAAAAAGGCUAUAAAAGAAGUUACUCACACAGAAUUGGAAUGUAUGAAAGGAAAUUUGACCAUGAAAGAGAAAGAUUGGAGCUGCUGCCCAAAGAAUUGGAAGCCAUUUAAUUUGAACUGCUACUUUAUUUCUAAUGACACCAGAAAUUGGACGGAGAGUAAAAACAACUGCUCAGCAAUGAAGUCACACCUGCUGGUGAUCAACACCAAGGAAGAGCAGGAUUUUAUCAUUGGGAACCUGGAUGAAAAGAGCGCUUAUUAUGUGGGGCUGUCAGACCCAGAGGGGAACGGAGCCUGGCAAUGGGUUGAUCAGACACCAUACAAUGCAAGUGCCACAUUCUGGCGUCCAGGCGAACCCAAUAGUCUUUCGGAGCAUUGUGUUAUCCUGAAUAAACCUCCACGAAGCUCGUGGGGCUGGAAUGAUGUUACUUGUAAGGAACUUCACAGGUCAAUUUGCAAGAUGAUGAAGAUCUACUUAUGAGCGGAAAAUUCUCCAUGAACAUGCGGUUGAAUUAGUAGCCACCAAUAAAGCGUUACAUACUUUGCUUUUUAGAA